UCUAACGGCUCUGCGGGCAGUUUGGAAUCUGAGGAAGGGGCGUGGUCUGUAGCGCGGGGUAGUGCACUGACAGGCGGGUCGCGAGCCCGGUGCCAGCCUGUUCCUUCCUUGCUGGAUGGGGAAAAGCCAUGAGGGAGCCCUGAGGGCUCUUGACCUGCCUCGCCUGUUCUCCGAAUAACGAGAACGGCUCGGGAAGGAGAUAUUGAGGGCAAAACAGCUGUUUUCAGAACGGGCGAGGCGGGAAGGGGAGACGGUUCUGAGGGACUUGACCUGAUGGAAAUGGAGCGGCACUAAUCCUGUCCAAGGUCCGCCAGGCAAAGGGCGGUGCGGUUGGGCAGCCGUAGAGUGCAGCUCUGAAAAUGUCGUGACUAUAAACCUAUAUUGCAUUUUCAUUGAUAUUGCAUUCUGGGAGCGCACCCUUACAAUGUCAGAUACAAUUUAUGCAGACAUAGGCAGUUGUAAUAGAAGAACACUGCGAUAAAUUGAUGAUGACAAUGUGGAAUUGGUGUUGAGCUUUGUCUACGCUACGCAAACAAAAUGAAGCUGCAUUUUAAGUACAUCCUCAGGCUUUAUUGUGAUUACCCUGUGUUUGCAAUGACUACCCUUUGGAAGGAUAUUUUGCAUAAUGUCCAGCAGAUUCACUAUGUGGCUCCAAUUGCAGUGGAUGCAGCGUUACUUGAAGGAGUACUAAUGAGGACCAAAGAUGACCCCAAUACAUCCGACGUGGUGAAUUUUGCUCCAAUUACACUGCUCCCAUCUCCAGUACCAAGUGUUAUGCUUGAACAGGCUUAUUCAGUUCAGCAAGACUUUAAUCUACUGGUAGAUAAAGUUAGCCAGGACACAGAAUUCUUGGAAAGUGUUCUUGCCAGUACUGUCAAAGUGGAUGAGUUUACGGCUCAGCUUUUUAACAUUUACAAGCAGGUUUUGAAAGAAGGAAUAACUCAGUCAGUGUUUUUAGGAAUCAAUCGUUCUGACUACAUGUUUGACUACAGUGCAGGUGACUCUCCAGCUCUAAAGCAAAUAGAAAUCAACACAAUUGCUGCCAGCUUUGGAGGCCUCACAUCUCGAACCACAGCAGUGCAUCGGCAUGUAUUGAAUGUUUUGGGGAAAUCCAAGGAAGCCUCAAAAUUAUUGAUCAAUAAUCCAUCCAAAGGAAUUGCCAUAGGCAUUGCAAAAGCUUGGGAACUCUAUGGUUCAGACAGAGCAGUGGUAAUGUUCCUGGUUGAAGAAGCUCAGAGAAAUAUUUUUGACCAGCGUUAUGUAGAAAAUGAACUUUGGAUGAGGAAUAUCCGGGUGAUCCGAAGAAGAUUUAAAGAUGUGUUUGAAAAAGGCUCUCUGGAUAAUGAUAAGAGAUUGCAUAUAGAUGGAGAGGAAAUUGCAGUCGUAUACUACAGGGAAGGUUAUGUGCCAAAGAAUUACAACAAACAGAACUGGGAGGCACGAUUACUGCUGGAGAAGUCUAGAGCAGUUAAGUGUCCUGAUAUUGCCACACAACUUGCUGGGACCAAAAAAGUCCAGCAGGAACUGAGCCGACCAGGAGUACUGGAAAGAUUUCUGCCAAAUACACCAGAAGUGGUGACUCGAUUGAGAGCAACAUUUGCUGGUCUCUAUUCUCUGGAAAUGGAUGCAGAAGGUGAUAAGAUGGUUGCAACGGCUAUUGCUGCUCCAGAUCGUUUUGUGUUAAAGCCACAACGGGAGGGAGGAGGGAACAAUCUCUAUGGUGAUGAGCUCAAGCAGGUUUUGGAGAAAAUUAAAGACAGUCCUGAGAGGACCUCCUAUAUUCUAAUGGACAAGAUAAAGCCCCUUCCUUCUCUGAAUUAUUUACUGAGGGCUCAUAGUCCACUGAAAAUGUCAGAAUGUGUGUCUGAAUUAGGAAUCUUUGGUGUCUAUGUCAGACAGGGUCAGGAUCUUGUAGUGAACAGGCAUGUUGGCCAUCUCUUGCGAACAAAGGCUGUAGAACAUGCAGAUGGUGGAGUAGCAGCUGGAGUAGCUGUUCUGGAUAAUCCCUAUGUGAUAUGAAAACCAAAUACCUCAUUGCUGACAUCUCCACUGUAUUUAGUGUAAGGUGGGUUUUCCCUCCUUUUAGGGCAUAAUUGCCAAAUGGCAGACUUGAUAAUCAGAUUCAUACUGAAGAUCCUCCUUAUAUAUGUGACCCCAAGAUACAAAAAAGCAAACUUGCUCUGAUUUUUUGAAGUAAUUGCUAUUUCCUGGUCUCAGUGAAUAAUGCGUUCUAUCUAACUAACUUUCAAAGACAACCUCCUCCUCAAAGGACCUAAUGAAAAAUGUAUCUAAUGGGAUCUAUUACUCUGUUACUAUAUUGUUCCAAUUAGCAACUUACUAAUGCUCUCAGUGGUUGUUUCCUACCAUAAUACUGCACCAGGUAAUCAGAUGCACCUGCAGGUGCCUGGUAGCAGAAAAUUACUAGGCAACAUCUGUAUUUUCAAGGUGUAUUUCCAUCCUGCUCUAGAGGAGUGAAAGAACUCUUCUUGGGGUUUCGUGCUUUGCAACACGUCCUUUUGUGUUAAACAUUCUUUACUAGAGGGACACAUAACCAUGGAGUAACUGUGUAUGUAGGGUACAUUUUUCAGGAAGCUCUUGGCCAUUGACAUAUGAUGAACGGACACUAGCAAAUGACAAAGGAACACAAUAGAUAAGUGAAUUAAAAACACAGAAGAUAACCUUUGUUUUUAUUUGUAUCUUCAAUAAUGCUGACCGAACCAGCCUAUAAAAUACAGAAGCAGCUUGUACACCAUAAUUACAUUAAAAAUAGAUAUGUGAACUUUUGGGGAACAAAUUUGAGCAAUUAAAAAAAUACACACUUCCUUAUAAUAUCUGAAAGUGUAAGUCUCUCACCUUUAGCAUAAGGUUAAAAACUACUCUGCUGUUUGAAGCGAUCCUGCUGUGUAGACUAAUGUGAACAGCUUCAUCCUUUUUGGGGGGAAAAUUGAAGUGCUAUGUAGUAUGUGCAGAAGCUGAAAUGUCUAUGUUUGAAGAGCAUACAUACUCAAUAGGCAAGCAGAUACUCUUUUGAGGAAAAAAGCCAAAUUUAGUCAGUUAAUUUCAAAUAUAUUAAACCAAAAGAUUAUGAAUUUCAUAGAUUCAUGCUUCUGAACAGAAGACAGAAUAUACUCACCUGGAAAUUUGGUUCUGUUUGAUUUAAGUGGUCACACUGAAAUUGAACUACUUGCAGUUCUUACAGUUCUUCUUGCAGGUGGUGCUGUUCAAAGAACUACAUUAAUAAGCAAUGAAACAGGGGCUUUUUCCUGUCUUAAUUGUCAAAUUCCAACAUGGGUCUUGCCUUGUUAAACCAUUAAAAAAAAUAAAAAAAAAUAACAGCAGUGUUGCCCAGGAGGAGAAGCGUUUAAAAAGAAGAGGAGAAAGAAGCAUUUUAAGAGAGAAACUUUGCUGGGUACUGUGUGUAUUUCCCAUUCCAUCAACUGAUAAAUGAGAAAAAAUGUGAAUCGGCCCACCCCAAACUCAAUAUUUUCCUCAGUUUUUGGUAAUAUGGUCACCCUCUAACUACCCAUGUUUAAAUUACAUUGCUUUAAAAGAUUACAGUUAUAUACUGUUUUUUUUCUUUCCCCCCCCCCAAACAUUGGGAUUAGUCUCCUCUAUAUUUUCAUUGUGGCCUUUUUAAUAAAAAUGAAAUCUUAUGGCAUACAGAUACUUUUCAGGAAAUGCUUAGAAAUGUAAUAGAAAGUACAGUAUUGGGGACCAAAAUGAUAUUCCAGAGUAUCUUUUUUCCAUUGCCUAAGUGGGUUUUCUAAAUAAAAUGCCUUGAUAUACAGUA